AAUUCACAUUUAAGUUUAUAUCUGCGCAAGAUCUUCGUACAGAUGUAUUCCUAAAAAAAAGAUCUUCCGAUUGUAAAAUUAACACAAAAUCCAAAAUUUGUUACAAUUUUGCUAUUUUAAGUUGAGAAACUAGGAUCUUAAUUAUGCAUAUGGAUCGAAUAAAUAAGUGUAGAAUUAUUAGGAAAGAGAGGGUAAUUUUGAUAAAUAAAUAAAUGUUGAAUGUGUAUGAAAGGGAAAAGGUAACAUUGUCCUCCAAUAGGAGGAGAAUCAGUUUUGGCCGGUGGAAAAGGAGAUCUCCAUUUUGCACUUUUCCGACGGCUCAAGCCACCUCCUUCCAACCCUAAAUUCUCCCUCAAUUUCAAUUCAUCCUCUGCAACUUCCCCCAAUUUCUGGCUAUUUCGACCGAGACUUUGAUCUGGGUUCGUUUUAUCUGUAUUUUUUUUCCUUCCUUUUCCUCGCGGGAGAAAGGCGAAUUCCGAGAAAGGGGGAAUUAGGGUUUUGAUCUCGUCUUUUUUCGCGAAUUCCCCUUUUCCGGAGCUAUGAAUUCGGAUCCAGGUUUGAUCUAUUACUGCUGCAUUGCGAAAGGAACCACCAUAUUAACGGAAUUCAACUCCAAGGACGCCGAGCUCGGCGAGAUCGCGGCGAAAUGCCUCGAGAACACGCCGCCGUUCCACGCCACUUUCAGCCACACCGUCCGAUCGAAGACCUACUCCUUCAUGAUCGACGAGCCGUUCGCCUAUUUCGUGAUCACCGACGAGAAAUUGGAGAAAUCUGAGGGUUUUGCGUUUCUGGAGAGCGUGAGGGAUGCGUUCGUUAAGGAUUUCAAUGGUGUUAACAAGUUGGACAGGUUGAGUUCUCAUUGCUUCCAGGGUGAAUUCAACCCUAUUUUCCGGCAGCUGCUUGGCCCGGCAUUGUAUCACAUGGAUGGGAUCGAGUCUCCAAGGGGGCAAAGAAUUGGGGAAAAUGGGAGCUUCCAAUACGGGUCGGGCCCCAUUCGUGGAAGGAGCAGGCUCAGUGGAGACAAAGGGUCGGGCAAGAUGAAGAAUGCACUGCUUGAAGAAUUCAAGAUUGGUGGGAGAAAUGGGGAGAAAGAGGUUGAUGACAACAGUGGCAACGCCAGCGGCAAUUGUUCGAGCCCCUCAUUCAGUCCAACCUCGCAUAAGAAUAGAGGGCUCUAUUCUGGGGAAUUGAAUUGCCAUCAAAAGGCCAAGAAAGUUUGGAAGAAGCAAGUUUGGGUGAUUCUUUCGCUCGAUUUGAUUGCCUGUGCAAUCUUGUUUGUUGUCUGGUUGUGGGUUUGCAGCGGUCUAAAAUGCAUGGAGAGCUGAAAUAGCUUGGUUGGUUUUCAAGAAAUACUUAUGGGGUGAUUGCUUAUACUUGUGCUUCAGCUGGUAAUUUAUAAUAUGUUGGCUGAGUUUCUUUAUUGACAUGAAAAGCAUCCAUUUCCUGUUAUAGUGCAGGAUAAGCUGUUAGAUACACGCUCUGUGGUUUCCCUUGUAUAUUUGUUGUGAUUGUUGUGCUUCAAACUUGUGUAUACAAACUCGUUUUUUAUAGGAUUCCCUGCAUAGCAGCCUGUUUAUGGAGGUUUUUGUCGAUGGAGUGGGUUGAACGUGUGCUAAGUUGCUGAGCUCUAUUGCUUUGUGAGUGAUGGUGUGCUUGCUUGAAUCUUAGCCUCGUGUUUGAUCUAGUGGAAAACCAACAUGAACUUGAAUCUCUGUGUUAUUUUGCCGGUUUGGUUGUGACUGUGAGAUGAAACACUAACUGAGUUGCAGGAUCCGAAUAGUAUUUGUGCUUCUCGAGUCUUGUAUAAAUUGAGUUUUCUGCUUGUUGGUUUCUGACGUGAUAUGUUUUUGGGUCACAUGUUCCUGUUUCUGGUUCGUGUUGAUCUUGUAUCUGUAUCUGUAUCUGUAUCGCGCCACAACUUCUUAAGCAUAAAUAAAUGUGACUGGUAAUGUUCAUUGCUCCA